UUCCCCGGGCUACAGAUCUCUAGAAUUUACUUGGUGGUCCCUCGGAGUUAAAACAAGAAAUUAAGAUAAUAAAAUUGAAGAGACUUUGCUUUGUGAACAGCUAUAUCAGCUUUGUAAAAAACGGGGGCAGACCGUGCUGGUCACGUGUUGUUUAUACAUGAAUCUGUAAGUCUGGCUCACUGGGCAGACUCUACCGAGGAACAGCCCUAUCGACAGUGUGCUCUGAAAUUACAUUUUCUUUCUGUGAGGCAACUGGUUAAUAACGUUAGUUUGUUUUGUUAUUUUUUUCCCCCUCGUUUCUUUUGAGUUGUGAAUUCUUUCCCAAAUUUGAGUAAUACAGACCAAAUCUUCUGCUGUUGAGAGAAGGCCUUCGUUUAGCUGAUCUUUGGGUAAAGCCAUUUGUAAUCUGAGGUCCUUUUGAAAAGUCAAGUCGGCUACUUGUUUUUCCCAAUCUCUGCGACGUGGAAUGUUGCUGUUCUUUCCAUCUGUCUGAUAACGUUAUGCCUUUCCGCUUUGCUCUUUUGUUAGUCCAGUGCUUUUUCAGAUGCUUUUAGAGCAGGGCCAGAAAUCUUCGAGAGAGUAUGUAACUCUUGGCAACGAUGACGUUUGUGUUGGUGCUGCUUUGUAGUCCGUGUGUUUCCACAGUGUUAUUUCCUCUUCAGAUAAGUUCUGUACUUCUCCCUUUUACUUCCAUAAGAGCAAUACUGUAAAAUCUGUUGAUUUUAUUUACAGAGACUAUAAGGAGAUGAGAGAAAUAAAAGGCGUCAUAGUGACUAGUGUGGCUGCCAUAAUGAGCAUUUCUUUGUAUGUAUGCCUUGAAUAUCGAAUGUGUUUCCGACGUUUGUUAAAUUCCUAGAAACCAGAAUUCUCUCUUGAGGUAGACUGUAUUACAGUGUAACCCAGACUUACCUUGGAAUCCUGCUUAAGCCUCUCGAAACCUGGGAUUGCAGACUAGCACUACCAUGCCGUGUCGAAUGCAGUCUUUAAAGCUAGAAAUUCCUGGUUUUCCCCAGAGUUGCAUGCUGUCUCGAAAGUAGUUGGCCCACCUUCCCGGUCUCAUUCCAAAGAUGGUGCUGAGAGAAUGAUUGGCUUUGUUGUCCCAAAAGUUCUGCAGAAAACCUACUGAACAUAAGAUGUUGCAACAAAAUCUACCUCCUGAAUUUUUCCCUUUUAUUCAUGAGCUGCAUAGUUGCAGAUUUGAGCAGGAUGUCUGGAGAAUCUGUUGAAAAACUCUAGCACAGGAUGACCUAGCAAAGACUGUACGCCUGUAACAAGAUACUCCACGAUUGUGUCAGUUCUGGUUCUGAAUGCUACAGAUAACAGCAAGUGGACUCCUUUAUUUCUGAAGUAUUCAUUUGGCCUUCCAUCAAGACGGACUUUUCUAAUCUGUUCUGGGAGAUAUUAAUGGAAUACAGUCAUGUCCACUCAAGAGGAAAGGCAGAUCAAUACCGAAUAUGCUGUGUCCUUAUUGGAACAGUUGAAAUUGUUUUACGAACAGCAGUUGUUUACUGACAUAGUGUUAAUUGUUGAGGGCACUGAAUUCCCUUGUCAUAAGAUGGUUCUUGCAACAUGUAGCUCCUAUUUCAGGGCCAUGUUCAUGAGUGGACUAAGUGAAAGCAAGCAGACACAUGUGCACCUGAGGAACGUGGAUGCUGCCGCCCUGCAGAUGAUAAUAACCUAUGCAUACACGGGGAACUUGGCCGUCAAUGACAGCACUGUAGAGCAGCUCUAUGAAACAGCUUGCUUCCUACAGGUAGAAGAUGUGUUACAGCGUUGUCGAGAAUAUUUAAUUAAAAAAAUUAAUGCAGAGAACUGUGUUCGGUUGCUGAGUUUUGCUGAUCUCUUCAGUUGUGAAGAAUUAAAGCAAAGCGCUAAAAGAAUGGUGGAGCACAAGUUCACCGCUGUGUACCACCAGGAAGCAUUCAUGCAACUGUCCCACGAUCUACUGGUUGACAUUCUCAGUAGUGACAACUUAAAUGUAGAAAAGGAAGAGACCGUUCGCGAAGCUGCAAUGCUGUGGCUAGAGUACAACACAGAGUCGCGAUCCCAGUAUUUGUCUUCAGUUCUUAGCCAAAUCAGAAUUGAUGCACUUUCAGAAGUCACACAGAGAGCUUGGUUCCAAGGUCUCCCACCCAACGAUAAGUCUGUUGUGGUUCAAGGUCUUUAUAAGUCCAUGCCCAAGUUUUUCAAACCAAGGCUUGGGAUGACAAAGGAGGAGAUGAUGAUUUUCAUCGAAGCAUCAUCAGAAAACCCUUGUAGUCUUUACUCUUCUGUCUGUUAUAGCCCCCAGGCAGAAAAAGUUUACAAGUUAUGUAGCCCGCCAGCUGAUUUGCAUAAGGUUGGGACAGUUGUAACCCCUGAUAAUGAUAUUUACAUAGCAGGGGGCCAAGUGCCCCUGAAAAACACAAAAUCAAAUCACAGUAAGACAAGCAAACUGCAGACCGCCUUCAGAACUGUGAAUUGCUUUUACUGGUUUGAUGCACAACAAAAUACCUGGUUUCCAAAGACGCCAAUGCUCUUCGUCCGUGUGAAGCCAUCUUUGGUUUGCUGUGAAGGCUACAUCUAUGCAAUUGGAGGAGACAGUGUUGGUGGAGAACUUAAUCGGAGGACUGUAGAGAGAUACGACACGGAGAAGGAUGAGUGGACAAUGGUGAGCCCUCUACCUUGUGCUUGGCAGUGGAGUGCGGCCGUUGUGGUUCAUGACUGCAUUUAUGUGAUGACAUUAAACCUCAUGUACUGUUACUUUCCGAGAUCUGACUCGUGGGUAGAAAUGGCCAUGAGGCAGACUAGCAGAUCUUUUGCUUCAGCUGCAGCUUUUGGCGAUAAAAUUUUCUAUAUUGGAGGGUUGCAUAUUGCUACCAAUUCUGGCAUAAGACUUCCCUCUGGCACUGUAGAUGGGUCUUCAGUAACUGUGGAAAUUUAUGAUGUGAAUAAAAAUGAAUGGAAAAUGGCAGCCAACAUCCCCGCUAAAAGGUACUCUGAUCCCUGUGUUAGAGCUGUUGUGAUCUCAAAUUCUCUUUGUGUGUUUAUGCGAGAAACCCACUUAAAUGAACGCGCUAAAUACGUCACCUACCAGUAUGACUUGGAACUUGAUCGGUGGUCUCUGCGGCAGCACAUAUCUGAACGUGUGCUGUGGGACCUGGGGAGAGACUUUCGAUGCACUGUGGGGAAACUUUAUCCAUCUUGUCUUGAAGAAUCUCCAUGGAAGCCACCAACUUACCUUUUUUCACCAGAUGGAACAGAGGAGUUUGAACUGGAUGGAGAAAUGGUUGCACUUCCCCCUGUAUAGGGGGUGAGGGAGUGCACGUGCAGGACUUGUGAUGUCCUUUGUUACACCAGAGGAUACAAAAGGACUGAGUAUGAGUACAUAAACAAAUCUAUCUUUGAUACAUUUUAUUUUUAUGGCCUACUUAAUAUUUGCAUCAGUAUAAUAUAUAUCAGUGUGUCAGACAGAAAGAUAUGCUUCUGUAAUAUGAAAUAGGUUAUUUGAUAAUUGAGAAACUUUUAUGUGUAUCAUGUGAACAUAAGAGUCUGGAUUAUCUAACAAUGUUAGCCCUGUGUAUGUACAGUCCAGAACUUCACUUUUAAAAGUUACUUCCUGUUCCUAGUGUGGUAUACCAAAAUUGUGCUGAGAUUAUUUUAGUAUAUGUAUUGAAUUCCCGUACUUCUAAAGUCCUGGAAUAUAGUUUUUCUAGCAUAAUUCAGCUGCACUUAACACUAAUGUUCAUGUCAGUAUAGAAAUGUCUUUGAAAUCCUAUACUAUUGUUGAGGAAGAUCUCCUAUGUGUCUCCGGUGUUACACAGGGAAAGCUGUGACUGCAGGAUCAGUCUCACUAUCUACUAGGUGCAUGUCUUCCCUUCCCACUGACUUACACUUGUCUAUCUAGAAUACAGGUUGUCCAGUCAGCUGGUCACUUACCAGGUGUGGACUUAAGUUGCUGGGCUUGCAAAUGAAUUGCUAGUCCCUCAUUGUGCGGGUCUAUGUGGAGCUUUAACCCGUAAAUGUCUCCACUUUCUAUAUUACAUUAACGUUGGCUCAUGCAUAUAACCACCUGCUGCUGAUGUAGUUCCCCAUCUUCAAAGAUUUAGAGUGGAUUAACCAGGUCAUUACAUCUUAAUUUAAUAACGAGCAUUACUGUAGAGUGAUUGUGUGUAGGUAUCUAUUAGGUGUGUUUUUUAACCUGAUGUGUGUAUGUUUGGGGGUGUAGGGGUAGGAAGGUGGGCCGUGCAGGAAUCGCCUGCACUGACUGUGCAGGAGAGCAGACACUAGCCCUGCUCUGGCAUUAAUCCCAGGAACCACUAGCAGCUGUGGGGCACCAUCAAUGCAAUGUGAGCACAGGUGCCUCAUGACAAACAUUGCUGGCAUGUUCAACUGCAUAAUGCUCUGGCACUGUAUUUUGAAUGACAUUAAUUUAUUAAAUAAAUUGUAUAUAAUCAGUA